GUUCUUAAAAUACCUAUCCCACAUGUUCUGGCUUGGAGUUCCACGUCCAAAAAUGACGUCGGGGCCGAAUACAUCUUGAUGGAAAAUGUACCCGGUGUUCCAUUAAGUAAGUUAUGGGAUCAACUUGAAGUUGGUGCAAAGUUCAGGAUUGUCCAGAGCAUUGCGACUUAUCAAGAAAUGUGGUUAAAUAUCUCUUUCUCGCAUUAUGGAAGCCUAUAUUACAAGCACGAUAUUGGAUCAACGAGUCCAAGCCUUGAAUACACCGUCAAAUCAGGAGAAAACAUUGCGGACGAUCGCUUUACGAUUGGCCCUUCGGUGAGUAGACAGAACAGUGAUGACGGAAGGCUCAUGAUGGACUUUAAUCGGGGUCCAUGUAAGUUUUCAUAUUGUUCACAAUCUUGA